AUGUAUUCCCAGCGCCCCGCGGACUGGGACAACGUGUCCUUCGUCGAGGACCCGGACCUCGACGAGUUCGCCGAGCACCGCCACGCCGUCACGGCGGCGGCCCCGCAGCACGCGCCGGCGGCGGCGGCGCGGCGCAAGGAGCGGCGGCGGAGGGCCCCGGCCGCGGCGCGCGACGACGGCUACGACGACCGGCUCGUCUGCGACUGGAUCUCGGCCCAAAACCCGGGCCUCAAGAUGCCCGCGACGCCCGGCGGCGGCGACGACGAGGCCGUGGUCUUCGUGGAUCCCGUCAACCAGUCCAUGCUCAACGCGCAGCUCUCGCUGACGACGUCGACGAAGAUGUUCCCGCCCGUGAAGACGACCUACUACGGCAGCCCGCAGCGGUCCGAGCCGUGGCCGCCGCGGCCCAAGCCCGCCGCGGCGGCGCCGCGCGCGGCGCCGCGGGCGGCGCCGGCGUUCCCCGAGCCCAUCAACGCGUCGCCGCCGCGCCGCGGGCCCGCGGCGGGCGCCUGCUUCGACGAGGCGCUGUCCGCGUCGUCCGCGGCGAAGAAGAGCGCGCUCAAGUGCAGCCCCGCGAGGGUCAAGCAGCCGCCGGGCCCGACGCGACGAUGA